AUGGCCAACUCUGAUACCAUCAGCAGCAACAACGCCGACCUUGAAGGUGGGCCUCGAAACCUGCUACUGGCCCCUGGGCACCUAGCUAUUGAUGAGGAUGAAGAGACGAGCCCAGGCAAGUCCUGGCCGGUCAUGAAGGUCGGUACUUUGGUCCUGAUCUUGUUUGGGAUAGUCGCCGCCUUUCUUUGUGCACAUGGCACCUAUGUACACCAUUGGAAGAGAUCUCCAACUCACAUGAAGGCAGUGGCCAUCAACCACAAGUUGGAAGAAACCGCGAAGCACUUGCAUCUAGAUCUAGAGGCGAAGAGCAACAGUAGCAAGUCCAAGCAUUCCAAGUUAUCCAAUCCGAGUCUGGCGCACCGCAACGCAUCCCAUGGAUCCCAUGGCUCCAAGAGCUCCAAGAGCUCCAAGUCAGAUGAUUGUCACACAGCAGAGCCUCAUGAGCCUUGCUAUCAAGCUGUUCUCUGGCACAAGUGGGUUGGACUGGUUGAAAACCCGACCUGGUACAAAAACAUCUCAAGGGCAUCCAAUCGGCACGACAUCCAGAAGUAUUUGGCAGACACCAAGCAAGGCCAUUGCAAGCGGCCUUGCUCAGGCGCAUAUCCUGUGCCGCAUCCAACGAAAAAUGCGAAAGGUCCCAAGGUGUACUGCUUUUCCGUGUCCCGGGGUGGAGCUGAGAUGGACACCAUGUUCUUGCAGAGACAAGUUGGAGGAGGCAUCUUUGGUUGCGAUGCGUUUGAUGUUUUCAGCGAUGAAGAGAUUGACAUCGAGGGAUACAAGACCAAAAAGAUCCCCUCCACUGCAUCGGGGGUCUCUGUGGAUGGCACUGCGGCCAAUUCUCAGGUUUUCCUAAAGACUUGGAUGGCCAUUCUGAACAGCAAUAGAUGGUACCACUAUGAUUUCAUCGCCAAGGUGGAUCCUGAUGCUAUCCUUUAUGCAGACCGUUUGCGCGGACAUCUUCAGUGGCAUAUUGGGCAGAAUGUAUUCUUCCUGAACUGCGCCAAAUACAUCCCGGCCACCAUGUAUGGAGCCUUGGAGGUCUUUUCCAAAGCUGCGCUUGGAUCUUACCUCUCCCAGCAUCAGAGAUGCGAAAGCAGCCUUCCUUUCUGGUCCUGGGGAGAAGACAGGUAUAUGGCAGGUUGUCUCGAGAUGCUGGGAGUGAAAACUCAGCCUGACUACAUGAAUUUCCUGCACGAUGAACGAUGCUGGGGAGUGGAUUGCGGAAACAAGGCAGCCGUCGCAUUCCAUUCGUUCAAGCAGGUGAACCACUGGUUCCGCUGCUAUGACUCCUCCAAAUAG